UGAUUUAAAUAAAACUUCACAUGUUAAUGAUGUUAUCUUUUAAUGAGACGUGACGUCAGACUGAGAUUAAGCGGGAAUCCUCACAGAAAGCGACACAUGCGCAGUAGCGACCUGCGUUCAGAGAGCUGAGAGGACAAACUGCUUCACCAGCUGACUGACAGCAGACAUUCACUCAACAUAAACAGUUUGCCUGUCGGCUCCACAGUGUCACAGUGUCCGUAGUCAUUGAUUCAUUGUUUUUUUUUUCCCGCCCACCGCAGCAAGCGGUCAGGCAGACUGAGAGCUGAUCAAUCAAUGCAGACACCAUGAAUGAGCUGAAAACAUGUACUGCGCAGACUGGUGUGAUUUAAACAGCUGUUUGUGCAGAUUAAGCUCCUCUAAAUGUGCCAAAGAAGAAAGAAAAAAAUAGAUUCAGAGCGUAAAAACAACGCGCGUCAGAGCGGAUCGAUACAUUUAAUAAAAUGGUAGAGAUCAAUAAUGUUUCUGUUUCUGGCGGAGAUCACAGAUGAAGCUGCUUCUGUCUCACAGAUCGAUAAGCUUUGAAGUGUCUGCAUGAGCAGGGCUCACACAGUUUAAUUAGGUGUUUAUGUUGAUGACGAUGUUACAGGUGAAGCUGUUUGCGCAGUGACAGAUGAAGGCGUUGCUAUAGUUACAGAUUAAUUUGACGGAAAUGAGUAAUAACUCAGUAAAUACCAGAUGAAUCUAAAGAGGGACAACCUCAUUAUGUUUCUGUAACAUUUGAUAUUGACAUUUAUUACAAUAAAAGUGAAGUUUAAACUUUCUUAAUUAUUAUUUGUUAAUGAACUGAGAUCAUAAGGACUGUGUGAGUGUUUCAACCCACAUCUGUCAGUCAUCAUAUUUGAUUGAAAUAUUGCUAAAUCCUGAUUGGUGCAUGAAAGUAUGUGACAUCACCGUUUCCCAAGUAUAAUAACUGAAGCUGAAUGUUGAUGUCAGAGACAUGACAGCAAGAAACUACAGCAGAAAAUGUCUUUUCAAGACCUUAAAACAGUGACACACAGGUUCAAGUGUUUCCAUGGUAACAGAUAUGAGACUGAUGAUGUAACUGUUACCAUAGUGACAGAUGUGAGACUGAUGAUGUAACUGUUACCAUAGUGACAGAUGUCAGACCGAUGAUGUAACUGUUUCCAUAGUGACAGAGUGACAGACAGAGACAUCAGACUGAUGAUUCAGCUUCGUGCCACCAACGCAGCCAUCUUCACUGGUCGGAGGAACUCUGCUCUGAGAGGCUGGAGGGCGAUAAGGAAGGAGAUGGGGCUGCAGGGGAUGUUGUCGGCUCGCCAGCUGAAGAAGAAAUGGGACAACCUGAAGGAGAAGUACAAGGUGCUGAAGACCCCUCCAGAGGGGAUGGAGAACUUGACUAGACCCAGCUCGUGGCGCUGGUUCUCCCUGAUGGACGAGGCGAUGAACGGCCGCCUGGUCGGCACCGCCGGCAUCGUCCAGCCCUCCCUGCGGGACGAGGACGAGGACCGUCCCGCGGCUCUACCUCCGCUCGCUCUCCCCAACGCAGGACCGAGAGUUGUUGAAACGGGGCCUGACAUUGGGGACGUCCUGGAGCCGAGCGGGGUCGAAGCAGUGAGAAGAAGAACCUCUGAGCUGAGGAGUCGACCUCAUGCUGCCGUGCUGUACGCCACCUUACUGCCCGACUGCACCGCCGCCGCCGCAGCCUCCACCUCCUCCUCCGUCGCCGGCAGGAACAUCGUCAGGGAGGCGGCCGAGGUGGACGGGAAGCUGGCGGAGCUGCAGAGAGAGAGACGGGCUCUGGAGAGAGAGCAAGCCGAGUUCGACAGAGAGCUGAUCGCUUUGGAAAGGGACCGAGAGCUGCUGAACAGAGACGCGGCCGCUCUCGAGAGAGACAGAGCGAGUAUAGAGAGAGACAGGACGACUAUGGAGAGAGACAGAGCUGCUCUAGACAGAGACCGGGCCUUUCUAGACAGAGACCGGGCGUUUCUGGAGAGAGAUCGGGUACUUGUGGAGAGAGAUCGGGCGCUUGUGGAGAGAGCCAGAGAGGAUGUGGAGAGAGACCGAGCUCAGCUGAGGACGGAGGAGGAGGAGGGGGCGGCGGCGGCUGUGGAUGGGGAUCAGGCUGAGAAGGAGGUGGUGCUGCAGACCAGGUUCUACCAGAGCUGGAUGGCUGCAGAUGUGGAUCCAGACCAGCUGGAGACCAGGCAGAGACUGGUGUCUUUGUUCCAGAAGCUGGUUGAGAAACUGUGAUGGAGGACGUGUCGUACAGACCGGUUUCUCAGAUCCAAACACUGAACUUGUUUGUGUGCAUAAAGAAACUAUUAAAACACAUCAGUGAUCUUCAUCUCUCACUCGUCUUCAGAUCAGAUGAAACUUUAUUGAUCCUCGUAGGACAGACGGACGGUCGAGACUCUUGGUACCUUCUGCUGCACGUCAUUUAUUUGGUGACAUAAGUUACUUCAGAUCAAUAUCAGAGGUUAUUACAGACGUUAUUGAUCCUCAGCAGUAUCUAAAGUAAUGAUUCCACCUUCGCCAGCUGCAGACAUUAAUACAUCAAUCAUUAUUUAAUAAUACAAUAAUCAUUAUGUCAUUUGCAUACUGAGUGAGUACUGGAUGUAUGAUGGAGUAUUUCUACACUGUGAUACUAACACUUGAUGAAGAUGUCAGAGCUUCUUCAUCCGUUAAGGUCGGUGGUAAAAGUCAUAAUGAAGAAGUAAAGUGUGGCAUAAAAAUAAAAAUAAAAAGCCUUUAAUAAAAAUGA